AAAAGUUGAAAUAGAAAGACGUGGCUUAUGUUGCAGCUGUCUUGCUUCUGACUAGUGUUUGAAGUUUGCCCUGUUUUUGUAGGGAGUUCAUGGCUCAAAUUAAUAUAUGUUUUGAAUAGGAUUUGAUUGGUAGAGAAUAGUAACAUGAUUGGUCUUAAAAAUGUUUGUAGGUUACUCGCUCUAUAUCACCUAAAAUGUUUUUCUAGAAAAUUUCAUGGGAAAAAAAUAAGUUUCGUCGAUCGAUGAAGGAAACUGACAAACCGGUGUCUAAGAAAGAACGUUCCCUCAUAUAAUUAUAUCCGGCACGUGUCAUUUUACUUAACUCUCCAUUGUUACUAUUGUAACCAAUAACACUAUUGUUGUUGUUAUUGUGUUUAAACGCACGCCAGCCCUGAUUAAAAGUCCAUCCUAGUGUGACCAUCAUCUCAUUUCCCGGUGCCAAGAAACCCUUAUCCCGUCAGACCAAUUUUAUCAAACGUGGCAUUUUCGAAGACGGCGAUGAUGAUGAUGGGAAUGGUAUUAUUUGAGGAAUAUUUCAGAUGCUAUUUCUCACAGUUGCAUAGGGAUUCCUUCGUUGAUUCUACCGACGCUAUUGCUCGCUAGCAUUAGCGAUAAAGAGUAAAAAUACAUUAAAUAAUUGCGACUAUCAUAAAUCUUGUACGUAAACAGCUGCAACACGAAUAUUAAUCAGCAGCAGCAGUAACACCACAGCCACCUACAGUCCUUUUCUACUCUGUCAGUUGGUGUACUCACAACAUAUCACCAAGUCAGUCACAAGCAGUCUCUCUUUUUUGAAACCUAACCGAAGAUAUUGUCCCUCGUCGCUUUUAAACCCCCAAAAGUUUCUCUUUCUUCGUUGUUCGUUCUCGCUAGAAAGGUCAUGUCUACAAACCACGGACACGAAUUUGGUAAACCGUUCCCCAAUUUCGCUACAAAUGCUAUCCACGUGGGCCAGGAACCGGACCAAUGGAACUCCAGGAUGGUGGUUCCACCCAUCACUAUGUCCACAACAUUUAAACAGAAAGAACCAGGAAACACUUAUGGCUUCGACUAUUCAAGAAGUGGUAACCCAACCAGGAACUGCCUCGAGAAGUGCAUUGCCUCACUCGAAGGAGCCAAACAUGCGUUGUGCAUGGCUUCAGGUUUGGCAGCAAAUGAUUUGGUAACAAGAUUAUUAAAGGCUGGAGACCACAUUGUCAGUAUGGAUGACAUGUAUGGAGGUAAGUGGUGGAUCAUUUGGAUUUUAUGCCUACCUAAACUUGUUUGGAUUGAGACUCCCACCAACCCCUUAAUGAAAGUAGUUGACAUUGCUGCUGCUUGUAAAGUGACCAAAGAGAAAUCCGAUGCUGUUGUUGCUAUUGACAACACAUUUUGCUCUCCUUACUUCCAGCGACCCUUGGAUUUUGGUGCUGACAUUGUGGUUCAUUCGAUGACCAAAUAUAUGAAUGGUCACUCCGAUGCAGUGAUGGGCUGCAUUGCACUCAACGACGACAAAAUAGCAGCAAGGUUGCGAUUCCUACAAAAUGCUUGUGGUGCAUAUGAGCACUUGUGUUUAUAUCGUUAG